AUGAGCACUAAACGAAAAGACAAAGAUCGAGGCGCCAGCGGUCCGUCGGUCGCUGCGGCCGUCGGUCGGUUGCAGGUGUCUUGGCCGAGACACAUCUGGCCCAAAAGACGACAGCUUUGCCAUCGUGAACUCUUCGGUUCACGUUCGCCUCGUCGUCUUCCGGACGAUCUCUUAGUGGCCGAUCAUCAUCCUCAUCAUGUGCUGCAGUCAUUCGCCCGGGCCAAGUACUCAGACGAUCUCUUAGUGGCCGAUCAUCAUCCUCAUCAUGUGCUGCAGUCAUUCGCCCGGGCCAAGUACUCAGGUCUGCGAGUCAGCAGCGGUCGAGUUUUCGACGUUGACCGUCACUUCGUGCGACGGCGACGUCGCGCCGCGGCGACCGUCAAACGUCGCGUUGCCGGAGUGCGAGGCGUCGCGCGUGACUGCGGUGUCGCCUGCCAUCUGCGGCUGCGCUCCGACGACGUCGUCUACAUCGUCCACCUGCAGAGAUGGAGACAAUUGGCCGUACCGAUCAAUAAAUCACUGCCAGUGGUGGAAAACGAGGACGUGGUGCCGCUUGUACAGUACUUCGACAGCGAUUCGUCGGCUAAGGCACGACUAUCACAUGCCGCAAGCGACUGCAUCUAUCGGGCGCGAGUUGCGGACACCGAAGACACCAGCAUCGUCAACCUUUGCGACAGCGACAACGGUCUG